UAUUGCAUACGUCCAUACACGUCUUUAUCAUGCAUCAUUCCUUUUUAUAUUCUUCUCUAAAAUCUUGUCUCCUUUUUAUAUAUGUACCCCUCACUUUGAAUUAAAAGAAAUGCACACCAUGUCUGAAAUCUCAUUAUCUUCCUCUUCUCCAUGUUCAUGGCAAGAUGAAACUGCAAUAAUUUCCUCUCCACUGAAAACUCAGUUGGUUUCUAAGUCAGUAUCAGAAAGGCUGCUCUCAAAGUUUUCUGAUUUAUCAGAGUUUGAUUUUGAUUAUUCAAAGAGCGGUUUGUGGUCUCCUCCAAUUCAAAGAAGUCAUGUGUUAUUGAGCUCACCAGCUGCCCAAAUUCUAUCACACAGAGAAAUGGCUGCUAAGUUAAAUAAAGUCUUGAAAAGACAUCAAAGAAGAAGGCGUUGCUUCAAUGCGUGCUUAUGUUCUCCAAAGAGAUUUUGAUCUCAAUGUCAAAAGAAGUCCUGCAAGGUCUUCGAUUUAUUGAGAGUUUAAGAAAAUGCAAUGAAGAUCUCUAAUUUCUAACUAUUAUCCAAUUCAAAAUGUACAUGUGUGUGUGUAAUUAUUAUAUAGAGGAAUGGUUAACUUUCCAGUUUUCGUUGCUUAAA